CUCAAAGUCAUACACCUUAACUUUCUUUUCUUGUUUUUUCAGUUUCUUCUCUUCGCACCUGCAGGUCUCUUUUUGCUGUAUAACUUCAAGUCUUCUUCAUGGUUUUACCUUACUUUCUCUUUUUCAGUUGGGAUUAAAGGGUUUGAUUUGUAGCUCAGAUCUUGGAGCCUCUUGUUUUGUCUACUUACUCAGCUUGGACACUUCCCGUCUCCCUUUUUCUUUUCUUUUUCUUUUUUUCUUUUUUAUUAUCUUCUUGUCUUUUUUCUUUUAUUUGUUUAUUUUUAUUUUUCAUUUUCGCUCCAAUUUGGAAUUCGUAUAAUUGAGUUUCCAGAGAGUGAAAAAUUGUUUUGGCGGUGAAUAACGGUCGAAAGAAAUGGCUGCCCCGCCGAGUAGCCGGCUUCAGAGUAUGCUGCAAGAGGCGGUGCAAUCAGUUCAGUGGACUUACAGUCUCUUCUGGCAAAUUUGUCCACAGCAAGGGAUCUUAAUAUGGGGAGAUGGGUAUUAUAAUGGAGCUAUUAAAACAAGAAAAACAGUGCAGCCAAUGGAGGUCAGCGCUGAAGAAGCCUCUCUGCAGAGAAGCCAACAGCUUAGAGAGCUUUACGACUCAUUAUCCGCCGGAGAAACUAACCAGCCGGCAAGACGGCCGUGUGCCGCUUUGUCGCCGGAGGACUUGACGGAGUCCGAGUGGUUCUAUUUGAUGUGUGUCUCCUUCACUUUCGCUCCUGGAGUUGGGUUGCCGGGAAAAGCAUAUGCACGGCGGCAACAUGUAUGGCUCACCGGAGCAAACGAGGUUGACAGUAAAACCUUCUCUAGAGCAAUUCUCGCCAAGAGUGCUCGUAUACAGACUGUUGUGUGCCUUCCUCUUCUCGAUGGUGUGGUUGAAUUUGGCACGACUGAAAGGGUUCAAGAGGACCUUGGAUUCAUUCAACAUGUAAAGACUUUCUUCACUGACCACCGCCUCCCAAACCCCCAACCACCAAAACCAGCUCUCUCUGAGCACUCCACCUCCAAUCCCGCCACUUCCUCCGACCACCCACGCUUCCAUUCACAACCCAUCCCAGCCAUGUAUGCCGCCGUGGACCCACCAGCGAAUGCCAACCAAGAAGAAGACGAGGAGGAAGAAGACGAAGAAGAAGACGAGGAGGAAGAAGACGACGACGACGACGAAGAGGAGCACGAGUCUGACUCCGAAGCCGAAACCGGUCGCAACAGCCGGCAGGCCGCAGCUCAAAACCCUCAAGCCGUAGCCCCAGCCGUGGCAGAACCCAGUGAACUAAUGCAGCUGGAGAUGUCUGAAGACAUCCGGCUGGGCUCGCCCGACGACGCCUCGAAUAACCUGGACUCAGAUUUUAAUCUACUGGCCGUGAGCCAAGGAGCUGGGAACCCGGAUGACCACAAGCGGAGAGUUGACUCGUUCAGAGCCGAGUCAAACCGGAGGUGGCCGAUGAUGCCAGAGGCGCCAUUGAGUGGUAGCGGACUUCAACAAGCUCCUUCAGGACCACUUCCACCAGAAGAAUUGACUCAAGAAGACACCCACUAUUCACAAACCGUAUCGACGAUUCUUCAAAAGCAGCCGAGCCCGUGGGCCGACUCAUCGUCCACCGGCUACGUCGCUUACUCCACCCAAUCAGCUUUUGCCAAGUGGACAACUCGCUUGGAUCACCACCUCCCCAUGUCGGUUGAAGGCACAUCGCAAUGGCUCCUCAAGUACAUUUUGUUCAGCGUGCCAUUUUUGCACAACAAAUACCGCGACGAGAACUCGCCCAAGUCGCGUGAGGCCAGUGGCGACGCCGCCUCUAGGUUCCGCAAGGGAACCCCGCAAGACGAGCUGAGUGCCAACCACGUCCUGGCGGAGCGCCGCCGCCGUGAGAAACUCAAUGAGCGGUUCAUCAUUCUGAGGUCACUUGUCCCGUUUGUUACCAAAAUGGACAAAGCUUCAAUAUUAGGUGACACCAUUGAGUACGUGAAACAAUUACGUAAAAAGAUUCAGGAUCUCGAGACGCGUAAUAAGCAAAUGGAGGUCGAUCAACGGUCAAAAUCGGCCGAGUUACAGAGGACUUCUAGCAGUGGGUCAAAGGACCAGAGAAGUGGGCAAACCGUUUUGGACCGAUCCCGGGUAGCACCCGGAUCCGAAAAGAGGAAGUUGAGAAUAGUAGAGGCUAGUGGUGGCGUUGCGAAGCCGAAGUCUGUGGAUUCACCGCCACCCGGAGCGGCAGCAGCAGCGGUGACAACGUCGGUACAGGUGUCGAUCAUAGAGAGUGAUGCAUUGGUGGAAUUGCAAUGUGUGCAUAGAGAAGGGCUGUUGCUUGAUAUAAUGCAAAUGCUAAGGGAACUAUUGAUUGAAGUGACAGCAGUUCAAUCUUCUUUGAAUAAUGGGGUGUUUGUGGCACAAUUAAGAGCCAAGGUGAAGGAUAAUGUAAAUGGGAAAAAGGCAAGCAUUGUGGAGGUGAAGAGGGCAAUACAUCAAAUAAUACCACCCCAGUAAUGACUGACUGGUAUAAAUAGAGAUGAUUAAUUGGGCAGAGUAAUAAUAGUUUAGGGCUGACUUUAUGGUGAUAAAAUUGGGGUUAGACGUAUGGUGUAAAAUGUAGAAUAUUAUGAUUGUGGUUGAGAUGAAAUUAAUGAAUCAACUAAUCAUGCCCCAUCCCCAUCUGUAAUCUAACAAAAUGUACUGCAUAAAAGUGUAAGAAAUGCCAUAUUAUGUUAAAUCAUGUCA